AUUUCAUUCAAUACAGGCAAUAAAAUUUGCAGUUGCAUUCUUAUUGAACGUUAUCAACAGUAAAGUGCAAUUGUUUACAUACAGUUUUUAAGUAUAUAGCGCUAUAGAGUGAUAAAGAAAUAUGAGCUUGGAACCAAAAGAUCCCGUAGAUCCGAAUUUCGAUCGUACAAAUGGAAUAAGGGACAUUGUGACACCCACGCAUACUUUGCUAGCCGCCCAAUACAAGCAAAGCUUUGCCUACUUUACGUUCCGAAAACGGCUGCCGGCGACAUUGUUUGCUGUUGCCAAAACCCUAGCCGAUGAAAAGGCCGAAUUGGUGGCAAUAUUUGGCGCGACCGGUGUGGAUGUUGAACAUACGGCUCUUUUUAUUUUGGAUCUGCGCGCCAAGGUGCUCACUAAUGGUCCAUUGAUGCCAUUUCCUGAUAAUGAGGAAGACACUGCUGAAUGGAAUGAAUUUCUGGGGCAAGUGCCGCAGAAGGAGCGUAAAUACUUCAAUACUUGUUGGCUCUACGCUGAAUGCUACUUGUAUCGCAAGAUCUGGUCUAUUUUCCAGAGAUCACCCCUAGCUGGCUUUGACUAUUUUGGAAAGCAGAAACGAACUGCUGCACAGGUGAGCCUGGUGGCCAUGAAGGCUUUGGUAGGCGGCACACGCAAGAACGAACGCAAUGCUGAAACAUUUCAACAGUUGGUAAAAGCCAAUCUGUGGGGCAAUCGCUGUGACUUGUCUAUAACUUCUGGCGAUCAAGUCGAACCCUCGGGUAAUGCUUUUGAGCAAGUUGCCGAACUGGAGCCUAAAUUGAUUGUAGAUAAAUCGCUUGACAUGUGGCAGAGCCUGAAUGGGUAUGACGGUCAGGGCACUGUUGAAAUUAUUUGCGAUAAUGCGGGCUAUGAGCUCUUCACGGACUUUAUACUGGCGGAGUAUAUUAUCGACAAGGGCUUGGCGCGUAAGGUGCGCUUUAAUGUCAAGGCUAUACCUUGGUUUAUUUCGGAUGUCACGGCAACGGAUUUUCAGUGGAUGAUGGAUUUUCUCAAGGAUCAAGAGGAUGCGCAGCUGAAGGAACUGGGCCAGAAGCUACAACGUUAUUCACAAGAGGGCAAAAUUGAUCUGGAUCCACUAGAAUAUUUUUGGACAAGUCCUUACGAGUUUUAUCAGAUGGCACUGGCGCAGCCAGAGCUUUAUGAACGUCUAUCGCAGGCGCAGCUGGUGAUCUUCAAGGGAGAUCUUAACUAUCGCAAAUUACUUGGCGAUUACAACUGGAAGUACACAGAAUCAUUUGAGAGCUGCUUACGCGGCUUCCGUCCCACAAAUGUGGUCACGCUUCGCACUGUCAAGGCGGAUUUGAUUUGUGGCCUACCGGAGGGACUAGCAGAGCAACUAUUUGCCACGAAUAAGGAUUGGAUGCUGACGGGCGAAUAUGGCAUCAUACAAUUUGCCAGCAAAUAAGCGGCAUCAUAAAUGAAUAAUCAUAAAUGUUUAAUAAUUACAUAAAUGUGGAAUAAUAGCAAAUUAAUUAAAUUAAUUACUACAAUGAAUGGAUGCUGACGUACGAAUAUGGCAUCAUACUAUUUGUCCGGAAAUAAGCUGGGAACAUCAUAAUCAUAAGUGUCUAAUUACAUACAUGUCUAACAAUUGCAUAAUUUAAAACGGCAAAGAAACGGAUGCAGUCGGCCGAAUAUCGCAUCAUACAAUCUGUCCGCAAAUAAGCUGGAAGCAUCAAAAAUCAUAAUCAUCCAUGUCUAAUAAGCUGGAAACAUCCUAAGUCAUUAAUCAUAAGUGUCUAACAAUUGCAUAACAAACACUUGGUGAUUUUAAUUAAUUAGCAGAGCAUCUGUUUGCGAAAAAUAAGGAAUGGAUGCGAAUCUAAGUCAUAAUAAUAAAUGUCUAACAAUUGCGUAACGUAAACUUGCUGAUUUAAAUUAAAAGCAUGCAGCGAUUG